AUGGCGGCUUCGGCAAGCGAGGGUAACGGCGGAAAGGCCUUCUAUGGUUAUCUAUUCGUGAAGUCGAAGCCAAUUCCACGCCCAACGCCCGUGCUUGAUGCUCUCCUUCGAGCGAUAGCCUCGUACAUUGCAACAGAAUUUGAUGACAAAACUGAGGCGUACUUGACUCCAAUCAAACUUGCUGCGUUUUACAGAGCCGCUCGAUACGACGGCUGGGAUAGAUUCUUCCUCGAACUGCCACACGGCGCCAUUGCUGGAAUUUACCAGGCACUGGGCUGCCAACAUGCACUACUGCCGAACGAUAAUGUGUUUGCUCCGCCGUCUAUCCCGGCGCUGACUGCGAAGGGUUUUGUUCAGUGGCAGACAAUUCAGAUCCUGCUGGAGCCUCAGACGCAGGUGCCGGUCCUCCAGUAUGCCGUAGCGAACUGGGGCUUGAAGCAUCCGGAUACGGGGUUACUGUUCCCUGCCGACCUUCCGAAGGAGGCCUUUCCUUCAGAAACGGACCCGGAUACCGAGCGCUGGCAUCAGGAGUGUCAAGAAAGAUCUCUCAAGGCCAGCGAAGAGGCACGAACUGAGACCCCUAGGUGGGAAGCUAGGCCUGACUUUGCGGACUUCAAAAGCCACUGGUCUCAUAUCCGUGUGACUCCGACAUCACCGCGCGAUUUCUUCAGAUCUAAUCCUGCCAAUUUUGCCUAUGUUCACAUCUCGCCUCCUCGCCAUACUUCCAUGCGAUCCCCGGAACGCGAGCGAGCGCGGGAAAAAGAGAGGUUUAUCCGCCGGCAGGCAUCCGAUGACCCUACCCUGCACCGGCGCAGCUUCUCGGAUUAUCCGACUUCCCCUGACGGGGCACGGCGUGCUAGACCCGCACAUCUUGCCCCCCAGCCGAGCUCCCAACGUCGACGGCACAGCCAUCCUCGGCACUACAGCAGCAAUUCCGACUCCGAUUCCGACUCUUCAUCGAUCAGCCCGAAGACGCCCAAAAGCUCCUCGCGGCGCUCGCCCCCAGCUAUCCCUAUUCGCCGCUAUGUCAGCGGUACGUCCGAAGAGUCACCUCGAAUUAUCCGAACUGCUGUGCCGCCGAGUCCCCCUACUGGCUCUCAUGUUUACUCCGCGCGGUCGGAACCGGCCCGGUCAUCCCGAGACGACGAUAGCAAGCGACGCAGUACGUUUAUCCCUUCUAUUACGAGCAGCCACAUCAACCAGCUCAGGGAAGCAUUCGUGAGCAUCAUCAGCCCGGCCCUCGGUGAUAUAGUUGACCGGCCCCGAAGCUCAAGCAACGGUUCGCGAGGAAAGCGCGACCAUAUCAGCAGCAGCGCUCCUGGCUCAGCAAAGAUGUCGAAGGAAGAUAUCUUGCCCAACUCGAAGUUGAGCAAGUCAUGGUCUGAUAUCGAUAGCGAUUACUCGGACUCUGAUUCCGACAAAGCCGUUCACGGCGGCGACAGUAGCAAGCGCGCUCGGUCUCGUGAAAGAGGCCGGUCAAGGGAAGUAGAUCGUAGUCGGUCAGACCGUCGAGAUCGGGAGAAGGAUCGAUCUGAGAGGGGCAAAGAGCGGGAAAGAGAAAGAGAACGAUCUACCCGUGAACGGGAGAGGGGCCUCGAGCAUGAAAGAAGCAGGGGCCGCACCAGGGUGAACCAUCGAGACCGAGAUCGCGACCACAAUCCCUCCCGUACCCGCUCUCCAACGAUUAGUGACUACUCUUCGGACAGCGAGCAUGAACAUGACCGGGGGCGGAGGCGUGAUCGUGACCGUGACCGGCAUAGACACAGCAAAGAUCGUGACCGUGACCGCGAUAGGGACGCCCUACCUACCCCCAGCCCCGUAACCCCCAGCCCGGCCGCCACAGCUGCCAGCUCAGCCUUACACGGGGACCGUGACCAUGAAUCACGCCGACGGGCAGCGGCUCGCCCGUCGUCAGAUGAUGACACACAGCAUCUCUCCCCGCGCGGUUGGCCUUCGGAAAGUACCAGCACUGGGAGGAGCUCAAAUCGGAGGGCGGGAAGCCAUGCAGAUGCGGAGAGGAGGAGGGAAUGGGAUCGGGACAGAGAUCGUGAGAGGGAGCGGGUAAGGGAACGGGAAAGGGAUCGUGAGCGGGACUGGGACCGUGACCGCGACCGAGAGAGACUUAUCCGCGAAGAUCGCGACGCAGGCGGUGGCAUGAGCAGUGGUAGUGGGUCAAGCGACCGCCGCCGACGAGGAGGAGCAGGCGAUGACCGUACCCUUCGGGAUCGCGACGCUCCCGGCCCAAGUCCCAAACCAAGCCAUAGCCCCGGCGGAAUGAGAGAGCGCAUGCCUAGUCCAGUUGUCGGAGUGAUGGCUGGUGUUGGGGGCAGGAAGUACCCUGAUAUACAGUGGAGCGGGAGGGAUUAG